GCGAGAGAGAGAGGGCGACUGGCACGAGAUCAGGGGCACGGUCAUUUUAUUCCUAUGGAAACGCUGCACUGACUGGCAGAGGUGAGCGGAGGAAAAGGUGGCGGCGCUUUUGGAUGCGCAACGGAUGCCCAGCUUUCUUCACUCAGUGUCAAAAGCGCGGAAACAAGCAGACGUAAUUUCUUCAAAGUGCCUCAGAAUUUCCUUUUUGAGUCUGAUUUAUUUAAAAAAGGAGCCUUGCAAAAAGUGAAGAUGCCCCUGGCACAACUAGUUGACCCUUGGAGAAAGAUGGCAAUCGGGAGUGCGGCGAGCGAGACGGAGCCCCAUCAUGUCUUGGAGGACUCGAUGGGAGAAGAUGAAAAUCUAUCAUGUCAAGAAGAAGUGUCUGUUAAAGAGAUCAACAUCACACAUCUUGUUAAAGAGGGUUCAGAGAAGGCCGACCCACAGCAGUUUGAGCUCCGUAAAGUGCUCGGACAGGGCUCUUUUGGAAAGGUGUUUUUGGUGAAGAAAACAACAGGGCCGGAUGCAGGACAGCUGUAUGCAAUGAAAGUGCUGAAAAAAGCAACCCUGAAAGUACGGGAUCAGGUCCGGACUAAAAUGGAGCGGGACAUCCUGGUGGAGGUUAAUCAUCCCUUUAUUGUUAAGCUACACUAUGCAUUCCAGACUGAAGGAAAGCUUUAUCUGAUUCUGGACUUCUUAAGAGGAGGCGAUCUCUUUACUCGACUGUCAAAAGAGGUGAUGUUCACUGAGGAGGAUGUGAAGUUUUAUUUGGCUGAACUGGCUUUGGCUCUGGAUCAUCUGCAUGGACUGGGAAUCAUCUACAGGGAUCUGAAACCAGAGAACAUUCUCCUGGACGAGGACGGCCACAUAAAGCUGACAGAUUUUGGGCUUAGCAAAGAGUCGAUCGAUCAUGAGAAUAAGGCUUACUCUUUCUGUGGAACGGUUGAGUACAUGGCUCCAGAGGUGGUGAAUCGAAGAGGACACACAUACAGUGCUGACUGGUGGUCUUACGGCGUACUCAUGUAUGAAAUGCUGACAGGAACGCUGCCAUUCCAAGGCAAGGACCGCAAGGAAACCAUGACCAUGAUCCUGAAGGCGAAGCUUGGUAUGCCUCAGUUUUUGAGUUCAGAAGCUCAGAGUCUCCUCAGGAGCCUUUUCAAACGAAACCCUACUAAUAGAUUAGGUGCGGGUCCAGAUGGAGUUGAAGAGAUAAAGAGACACCCGUUUUAUGUUUCUAUUGACUGGAAUAAAUUAUUUAGAAGAGAAAGUCACCCACCAUUCAAACCAGCCACUGGCAGACCAGACGACACAUUCUACUUUGACCCAGAAUUUACUGCAAAAACUCCCAAAGAUUCUCCAGGUGUACCUCCUAGUGCCAAUGCCAAUCGACUAUUUAGAGGGUUUAGUUUUGUGGCCAUCACUUCAGAAGAAGAAUCUCAAUCCCUGCCGAGCAACAGCAUGAGCUCUAUAGUUCAGCAGCUCCACCGAAACGUGUCUCAGUUCAGUGACGCAUAUGAGGUGAAGGAGGAUAUCGGCAUCGGCGCUUAUUCCAUCUGCAAACGCUGCAUUCAGAAAAGCACAAUGAUGGAGUAUGCAGUGAAGAUUAUCAGCAAAGCAAAACGGGAUCCUGCGGAGGAGGUGGAAAUUCUAUUACGCUAUGGACAGCAUCCAAAUAUAAUCACCUUGAAAGACGUGUAUGAUGACGGCCGCACUGUGUAUCUGGUGACGGAGCUGCUAAAGGGAGGCGAACUGCUGGAUAAAAUCCUCAGACAGAAGUUUUUCUCGGAGCGGGAGGCCUGUGCUGUGCUCCACACCAUCACCAAAACUGUGGCGUAUCUGCACGCUCAAGGCGUGGUUCACAGGGAUUUAAAGCCCAGCAACAUCCUUUAUGUUGAUGAAUCUGGGAAUCCUGAGUCCAUCCGUAUCUGUGACUUCGGCUUCGCAAAGCAGCUGAGAGCAGAAAAUGGACUUCUGAUGACGCCCUGUUAUACUGCCAACUUUGUGGCCCCAGAGGUGCUGAAGAAACAGGGCUACGACGCGGCCUGCGACAUCUGGAGUCUCGGUGUCCUUCUCUACACAAUGUUAACUGGAUUUACACCAUUUGCUAAUGGCCCCGAGGACACGCCGGAGGAGAUUCUGGCUCGAAUCGGCAGCGGGCAGUUUUCCCUCACAGGAGGAUUCUGGAACUCUGUUUCCUGUCAGGCAAAGGACCUGGUGUCAAAGAUGUUGCAUGUAGACCCUCAUCAAAGACUCACUGCUGCACAGGUUUUAAAGCAUCCCUGGAUCACAUACAAAGACAAGCUCCCCAAUUACCAGCUCAACAGACAGGACGCACCACAUCUGGUUAAGGGGGCGAUGGCUGCCACAUUCUCUGCCUUGAACAGAAACGUUCCUCCUGUUCUGGAACCUGUCGGCUGUUCAAUACUCGCUCAGCGCAGAGGGGUGAAAAAACUGACCUCCACUGCCUUAUGAGAAGAAAAACCUUCCACCUCCAACCCCGUGACCUCCAGCUCGGUCUGAGCACAGCCUGAAUUGGGCUUGCUUGCUGCCUACAGUACCUUGCGUCCAGGCCUUAGAGCCGAGUGUAGAUUCUGAGGACCCCUGGUGGACAACCCAAAUCUUCCUUCUCUGGUCACUGCGACUUCAAGCCUCCAAACGCAGAUCAAUGAAGCCUGUUUUUCGAGGAGCAAAUCAUCUGAGCGCAUCAAGAGAAACAAACCAGAUCUCAGUCUUUAUUAAAAGCUACCACAUUACUUUAGAAGAUGAUGACCAAUUCCUGCGCCAAAUCGUGCAUCAAGCUGCAAAAAGCUCCAGUUCUAUGGGGACAUGUGUGUUCGUGUUUAAUAUUCAGAUUCUGUUCCAUUGUUCUCAAUUAUUUUACAUUAGGAUUGUAUUUAACGAGAGAAUAUUUUGACGUUAUUCACUCAAUUCACUCACUCUAAAGUUGUUCCAAAUCUGUAGGAGUUUCCAUUUGCGUCAUCUUUGUUAAGGAUAAAACCAAAUGUUUAGAAGAAUUUGGGUGUGUAGACAUUUGAUGGUCCCCUUUAAUGUCCAUAGUAUGGAUAAAUAAUAUGAUUGGAAAGCAAGACGUACUGGUUUGGGGCUACUUUAGAGUGAAUAAAGGAUUAUUAUUGAACAGAUUCCACAACGAAAGACCCUCCAAACCAUUAUAGAUGUGGUGUACUAUAUGGAAGCCUGCAUGCGUCCACCACAGAAUUUUUAAAAAUGAGAGCAAAUAAAACAGUAAAUGCAGCUA